CCAAAAGUGAGCGACUUCAGCUGGCUGUUGUCUCGUGGUCCACCGGUGUGAGAAAAAGUGUACUCUGUACACUUGAAAUAAUUAAAUAAAUAAAUUAAUAAGUAGAUAUAAAAAAUAAAUAAAUUUAAAAAAUGGAGUCGUUGCAAACUGGAGCAUUGUCUGGUGCAGAACGUGAUGAACUUAUGCAGCAGGUUAAGCAGGAAAUAGCCGUAGCAAAUGCCCAAGAAUUACUCACGAAAAUAACAGAGAAGUGCUUCAAAAAAUGCAUUUCCAAGCCCGGCACCUCCUUGGAUAGUUCAGAGCAGAAAUGUGUCGCGAUGUGCAUGGAUCGUUAUAUGGAUGCAUUCAAUGUCGUAUCGAAAGCUUACAGCAAUCGAUUGCAAAGAGAACGUAAUAGAUUGUAAAUAAAUUUAUGUAUUUAUGUGUUGAAACAUAAAUAUGACAGUGGAAGCAGCAGACAACUGGAAACUUUUGUAUUUUUGAAUAAACGAAUUAAAUAUUAACAGAAAAUAAUUUUGAAAAAUUACAAAUUCUAAUUCUGAGUGAAUUUUUUCUAGUUUGUUGUUGAAUACAGAAAAUUUUAAAUGCCUGCUACUUUCAGUGUCAGUGUUAUAUUCUUUGGUAACAUAAGAUGAUGUAAUUUGUUAGUU